UCCCGGAGAAAGCACGCUGACGCAACCAAACGAGCACGAACGACUUCAACUUUCGAGCACGCCGAGCAACAAGUUUGCAAACAUGCCGAGAUCUUUUCUCGUGGAUUCCUUGAUUUUAAGGGAGGCCAACGACAAAGGGAACGAGAACAACCCACCUUUAUUCCCGUACGCUGUGCACUCGCCGCAUCACGCGCACGGGCUGCCAGGCUCCUGCCACUCGAGGAAAGCCGGGCUUUUGUGCUUCUGCCCGCUGUGCAUGACCGCCUCCCAGCUCCAUCCAUCUCCACCGACGCUGCCGCUUCUCAAAGCAUCGUUUCCUCCCUUCAGCUCACAGUACUGCCACUCGGCUCUGUCGAGGCAACACUCUUCAUCCAACAGCGUCAACCUCAGCCACGGACCGGGGAUAUACCAGGCUGCCUACUCGGUCCCAGACCCUCGACAGUUCCACUGCAUCUCCAUCGAAAACAGUAACGGCAAACUUCAGAGCAGCAAGCGCAUGCGCACCGCCUUCACCAGCACGCAACUUUUGGAGCUGGAGCGAGAGUUCACCUCCAACAUGUACCUCUCCAGACUGAGGCGCAUUGAGAUCGCCACGUACCUGAACUUGUCCGAGAAGCAGGUGAAAAUCUGGUUCCAGAACCGCAGAGUGAAGCACAAAAAGGAGGGAAAGAGCAGCGGCCAAAGGACUGGAUCACAUAACUGCAAAUGCUCGUCCCUGUCAACCGCCAGGUGCUCGGAGGAAGAGGAUGAUGACAUUCCCAUAUCUCCUUCCUCGUCCGAAAAGGAAGAUGUGGACCUGUCCGUCUCCCCCUGAACGCCCCCCUCUUUGAUCCCCCCUUUCUGAAAGAUUUUGCUCCUGAUGAUUUUGAAUACAGCCAAAAACAAACAGACUGUUCCACUUGUGUUCAGUCGACUGUACAUAGACAGAGAAUAUUUUAAAAUCAGGGGACUGCCCUGAAUUAUUGUAUAGCUGUAUACAUGUUGUACGUUUUGUAUGUAGUUUUUUCUGAAAACAGUCACUUGUUGUUGCCAAUCCGAUGAAUAUGGUAGGCAUAUUUGUAAAGAUAC